UCAUUGUCAUGUAACUUUUCCAUCAUCUUUGAAAUAAUUUAUUAAAGUUAUAAUGAGACUUCCUAUUUUUCCUACCACUUUCUCCAAAAUGUUUCAUUUAAAGAAUGAAUGACAAUGGAAAGUUAAGUUCUCCUCUUUUGUUGUCCUCUGUUAGUGUUUCCCGAUGCCUAACGUCUAAAACUCUAUCAUGAAUCUUCUUCUCUCCACCCACACCCACUGUCUCCCCAUUACCCAAAAACCCUAUCACGCAUACCAUCGCCACCCACCAUUUAAUAAUCUCCCUCAUGUUCGUACUACGACUGUCGAGAAUUAUGCUGAUUUAUGCGUAGCCCACCAAGUGUUCGACGAAAUUCCUAUUUGGGAUACUUUUGCAUGGAACAAUCUGAUUCAAACCCAUCUCACCAAUGGAGAUUGGGGGCAUGUAAUUUCAAUUUAUCGACAGAUGUUAUUUCGUGGAGUUCGUCCUGACAAACACACCCUUCCUCGAAUUAUAUGUGCUACACGCCAGUAUGGCGAUCUGCCGGUUGGCAAACAGCUCCACGCUCAAGCCUUCAAACUUGGGUUCUCCUCUGACCUUUAUGUACUUACUUCCUUAAUUGAGUUAUAUGGGAUUCUUGACAGUGCUGACACUGCAAAGUGGCUUCAUGACAAGUCCACUUGUAGAAACUCUGUUUCUUGGACCAUUUUAGCUAAGCUGUACUUGAGGGAAGAUAAACCCAGUUUUGCUAUAGACUUGUUUUACCAAAUGGUGGAGUUGGCGGAUGAUAUUGAUGCAGUGGCUUUGGCCACGGCCAUUGGUGCCUGUGGUGCUCUCAAAAUGCUGCAUCAUGGAAGAAACAUCCACCAUCUCGCAAGAAUUCAUGGCUUGGAAUUUAAUAUAUUGGUCAGUAAUUCUCUAUUGAAAAUGUACCUCGACUGUGAUAGUAUCAAAGAUGCUCGUGGGUUCUUCGACCAAAUGCCGUCCAAAGAUGUAAUUUCCUGGACAGAACUUAUCCAUAUGUACGUUAAGAGAGGUGGAAUCAAUGAGGCCUUUAAGCUGUUUCGACAAAUGAAUAUGGAUGGAGAAUUGAAGCCUGAUCCUCUUACAAUCAGCAGCAUUCUCCCAGCUUGUGGAAGAAUGGCUGCACAUAAGCAUGGAAAAGAAAUUCAUGGAUAUGUGCUUAAAAAUGGUUUUGACGAGAAUCUCAUUGUCCAAAAUGCUUUGGUCGACAUGUAUGUCAAAUCUGGAUGUAUCCAGUCUGCAUCAAAAACUUUCUCGAUGAUGAAGGAGAAAGAUAUGGUUUCGUGGAGCAUCAUGACUUUGGGCUACAGCUUACACGGUCAAGGAAAACUUGGAGUCGGUUUGUUCCGUGAGAUGGAGAAGAACUUGAAGAUGCAUAGAGAUGAGAUCACUUACACUGCAGUUUUGCAUGCUUGUACUACUGCAAACAUGGUAGAUGAAGGGGAUUUUUACUUCAGUCGCAUUACCAAACCAACCGUGGCACACAUUGCUCUCAAGGUGGCUCUUUUAGCUCGAGCGGGGAGACUGGAUGAAGCUAGGACAUUUGUAGAAAAGAAGAAACUUAAUAAACAUCCUGAGAUUUUGAGAGCAUUGCUCGAUGGAUGCAGGAACCACCGUCAACAAAAACUAGGCAAACGAAUCAUUGAGCAGCUGUGUGAUUUGGAGCCUCUAAAUACUGAGAAUUACAUUCUACUUUCGAACUGGUAUGCGUGCAACAAAAAAUGGGACAUGGUUGAAGAGUUGAGAGAAACAAUAAGAGACAUGGGAUUAAGACCCAAGAAGGCUUACAGUUGGAUAGAGUUCUGCAACAAAAUUCACGUGUUCGGGACAGGGGAUGUAUCCCACCCGAGAUCACAAAACAUAUAUUGGAAUUUACAGUGCUUAAUGAAAAAAAUGGAAGAAGAUGGUUCCAAGACGAAUCCUGAAUUCAGCUUGCACGACGUCGACGAGGAGCGAGAGUGUGUUCCAAUAGGACACAGCGAAUUGUUGGCGAUUUCAUUCGGGCUGAUUAGUACAGAAGCAGGAAGGACAAUUCGUAUUACAAAGAACCUUCGUGUAUGUCAUAGUUGUCAUGAGUCUGCAAAGUUUAUAUCCAAGAUGGUUGGCCGAGAAAUCAUAGUAAAAGAUCCUUAUGUUUUCCAUCAUUUUAAAGAUGGCUGCUGUUCUUGUGAAAACUUUUGUUAGCUUUAUGGAUGGUCGUCGUUGGUUAUAAUUUAGAGACCUCCACUGCUCUCAUUUGGGUGUAGCUUAGUUCUAUAACGUUAUGAGAUUUAAAAAUAAACAAAUUUUCAGGAGAAA